AUGGGUGAAGACGGCAGCCCGAGGGGGCUCCACGCCCCGCCUCCGGUAGCAGGGACAGGCUGGGGAACCCGCCCCGAGACAGGUGUGCGACGUGCGUGUCCCUCCCGCAGCUUUGACGGGGACGACUUCGACGAUGUGGAGGAGGAUGAGGGCCUGGAGGACCUGGAGAACGCGGAGGAGGAGGGACAGGAGAAUGUGGAAAUCCUUCCCUCGGGAGAGCGGCAGCAGGCGAACCAGAAGCGGAUCACUACCCCCUACAUGACUAAAUACGAGCGAGCCAGAGUCCUGGGCACUCGCGCCCUCCAGAUAGCGAUGUGUGCCCCUGUGAUGGUGGAGUUGGAAGGAGAGACAGACCCCUUGCUGAUUGCCAUGAAAGAGCUCAAAGCACGCAAGAUCCCCAUAAUCAUCCGUCGUUACCUACCAGACGGGAGCUAUGAAGACUGGGGUGUGGAUGAGUUAAUUAUCACGGACUGAUCAGCCUCCAGCCAUUAUUUUGGUUCUUUCCUUCUCCAGAGAUGUUCCUAUUUUUGUUUAUAUUUGUGUAAAUAAAUUAUAAACCUCCCCAUUUUAAGUUAAA